GACGGCGUGGGGCGCCUCGGCGGGUCGGUGGGAGCGCCAUGCCCGACGGCCAGGCUCCGCCGCUGCGAGGCUGGGAGGCGCGGGCCGGCGGACGACUGGAAGCGGGCGGCGAGGCACCGGGGCCGGCGCGCCAGGCGGGGAGAUGAGCGGCGCGGCCGGGCGGCUGCUGGGGCUGGCGCUGGGCCUGGGGCUGUGGCUGGGCGCGCCGGCGGGCACCCGGGCGUCGGCCGCGCUGCGCUACGCCGUGCCCGAGGAGCUGCCGGCGGGCUCGGCGGUGGGCGCGGUGCUGGCCGAGCUGGGGCUGGCGCGGGCCGCGGGCCGCAACGUGCGCCUGGUGUCGGGCGGCGGGCGCAGCUACUUCGAGGCGGACGCGAGCAGCGGGCAGCUGGUGGUGCGUGAGCGCCUGGACCGCGAGGCGCUGUGCGGGCCGCUCUCGCCCUGCGUGCUGAGCCUGCAGGUGGUGGCCGAGAAGCCGCUGGAGCUCUUCGGCGUGGCCGUGGAGGUGCUGGACAUCAACGACAACGCGCCGGCCUUCGCCAGCCGCCAGAUGCGCCUGGAGGUCAGCGAGGCGGUGGCGGCGGGCGCGCGGUUCCCGCUGGAGAGCGCGCAGGACCCGGACGUGGGCGCCAACGGCGUGCAGGACUACCAGCUGAGCGCCAACGCGCACUUCGCCCUCGAGCUGCAGGCCCGCGCCGACGGCUCCAAGUACGCCGAGCUGGUGCUGCGGGCGCCCCUGGACCGCGAGCGGCAGCCCGAGCUGCGCCUGCUGCUCACCGCGCUCGACGGAGGCAGCCCCCCGCGCAGCGCCAGCCUGCCGGUGCUGGUCGACGUGCUGGACGCCAACGACAACGCGCCCGUCUUCAACCGCUCCUCCUACGGCGCCCGCCUGCGGGAGGACGCCCCGCCGGGCUCGCUGGUGGCCCAGCCCCGCGCCGUCGACCUGGACGAGGGCCCCAACGGGGACAUCCUCUACUCCUUCAGCAGCCACACCCCGGCCCGGGUCCGCCAGCUCUUCGGCCUGGACUCGGCCAGCGGAGAGCUGCGCCUCAGGGGCUCGCUGGACUUCGAAGAAGCCGCCUUCUACGAGAUCUACAUCCAGGCGAAAGACCAGGGCCCCAAUCCCGCGGUGGCUCAUUGCAAAGUGCUGGUGGAGGUCCUCGACGUGAACGACAACGCCCCCGACAUAACGGUGACCUCCGUGUACAGCCCGGUGCCCGAAGAUGCAGCGCCAGGGACCGUCAUUGCUCUGCUGAGCGUCACGGAUCAGGACUCGGGGGAUAAUGGACUGGUCCACUGCUCAGUACCUUCCGGCAUCCCCUUCGCCCUUAGCUCCUCUCUGAAGAAUUACUACACCUUGAAAACCAAAGAACCCCUGGACAGAGAACUUGUUUCGGAGUACAACAUCACCAUCACAGCCCAGGAUGGGGGUUCACCUCCUCUUGCAGAGGAAAAGCAGGUACUGGUUAAAGUAUCCGAUAUCAACGACAACCCUCCCAAGUUCCCACAGCCCUCUUAUGACGUGUACGUGGAGGAGAACAACCUUCCAGGGACCCUGGUCCUUAACGUCAGUGCCUCAGACCCAGAUCUGAACAGCAAUUCCCACCUUUCCUACUCCAUCCUGGACAGUCACAACCCUUCAGGAGACCUGGCGGGCAGGUAUUUUACUAUUAAUCGGGAAAAUGGGACUAUUUAUGUCCUAGUGCCUCUGGACCACGAGGAUAUCAUGGAGUUCAGGAUGGUGGUGCAGGUGCGUGAUGGGGGCACGCCAUCCCUUGCCACCAACCUCACGGUUGGUGUAUUUGUCACAGACCAAAACGAUAAUCCGCCCCAAGUCUUGUACCCCCACGCAAAUGCUAGUUCUUGGCUUUCAGAGACCAUUUCGCCCACAGUCACCCCUGGAUACCUGGUCACCAAGAUUGUGGCUUGGGAUGCCGAUGCUGGUUACAACGCUUGGCUCUCCUAUUCACUUCUGCAAGCCACGGACCCGGGGCUUUUCACGGUGGGGCUCCACUCUGGGGAAGUAAGCACUGCCCGCCAGCUACAGGAGGAAGACUCCCACAAGCAGACAUUGGUCAUCUUAAUAAAAGACAAUGGGGAACCUGCCUUAUCGUCCACCGUGACCCUCACAGUAACAGUAGCAGAGGCAUCGGGAGAGGCAAAUCUCGCAAUGGUGCCCUUCAGACCCCAAACAAAGAAGAACUUGACUUUCUAUUUAAUCCUUGCUGUCAUCUUGAUCUCCGUGGCCUUCUUUCUUACGGUGCUCGGGGUGGGGAUUUAUAAAUUCUACAAGUGGAGGCAAUCCAAGGAUAUAUUCAAGGCCUCCAGAAGCUCCCUUUACAGGUCUCCGGGACCUUUCAACCACAUAGACAACGUUCGGGGUGGAUUUACGCCUCCAAACUUUUACCAGCAAGUCCGUACCACUGACUCCCGCCACAGUGACCUUCUGUACAAAAUGCCCUUUACCCCCAGUCCCAUAGGGAGCCGCCAGAACACUCUCGUCAGAUGCGACCCUGCGCUAUAUAACCAGAUAAUAAGCACAAAUAGUAGGCAUCCGGUGCCCUCUGAGCAAGCACAACCUGUUAACACAGACUGGCGAUUCUCUCAGGCCCAGAGACCAGGCACCAGCGGAUCUCAGAAUGGGGAUGAAAAUGGAACUUGGCCAAACAAUCAGUUUGAUACAGAAAUGCUCCAAGCCAUGAUCCUGGCAUCAGCAAACGAAGCUGCCGCCGCCGCCGCCGCCAAUCCAGACGGGAAUUCGACUCUGGGGGGAGGAGCAACUGCAGGCACGAUGGGCCUCAGCACCAGGUAUGGCCCCCAGUUCACCCUGCAGCACGUCCCUGACUACAGGCAAAAUGUGUACAUCCCCGGCAGCACGGCCACCCUCUCCAAUCCCAACGGCAAACGUGAUGGGAAACCAGCAGCCUCUGGAGGGGGGAACAAGAAGAAGUCAGGGAAGAAAGAGAAGAAGUAGGAGGCACGCACAGGAGGAGGAGGAGACCAGCGCCAUCUUAGACCUGAAGGGCAGAACCUUCCAGCACUCCCCCCAGUUCAUAGCCUAGGAUGGAGGAUGAAUGUGAAUUUGUGGGUAAUGUUUUUUUAAAAUGACACAGAACAUUGCGAAUGUAUGUUGUUGUGGCAUCAUCAGGGCUGCUAAGAGUAGGCCCACCUACCUGUAGCCCUCAUGAUGUCAAAGAAUUUGGAAACAAAACAAGAUGAGUCCUGUGGGUGGUGAUGCCCUCCUCGCAAGGGAAAUCUCGUGCGCAAGGGUGCCUGAUCUGGGAAAGAUUUUUCUUUACUGUUGGUUUGCUCCAGAGUGACCCGAAGCACCUGCGAGGCUUAGGGUGGGCUCUGCCCAUUGUAAAUAAUUCUUCUAGGCAGGGAUCGCCAUAUUUAUGCAUUUUUUCCCCAUUUUGAAGCACAUCCUCAGAUUUUGAGUGUUGAUUUCUCCCCCUGAAAGUAGCAACUGGAAUCCUUGUUAUGAAGUUGUUUGGGAGUGCUUUAGUUCCUGUCAAACCUGUUGAUUUUUUAAAAAAUAACUGUUUAUCCUCCAUUAUUAGAAGGGAAUGCGAUUCAGGUGCAUUAUAAACAUUUAUCUUUUAUGUUUAAGUUUGACCAGUGAUGGCCUAAAAAUGAAACUGAAGUCAUGAUCUCUGAGAAGCAGAGCGCACAAUCACGCUGCCAUGGGAAGCCGUCCAAGGCAGAGGGGGGGCCACAGACCUUUGCAGGGCAGACCCCCCCCCUGCCUCUUAUGGGUUGAGUCCUGAGGCCUCUAAAAAGACAUCUCAUCUCCGUUUUGGUCAUAAAUAUUUAUGUGUACAGUAAAUGUUUUCUGGAAAUAAGAGUUAGGGAAAGUAGUGGGCCGCUUGUGAGCGUGGCGAGCUGCUGUUCCUUUAUGCACUGAAAUAGCCCGGUGAGGGUCCACUUUGGUCAGAAACGGGUUCUGAUCGCCCAGCGGAGAAUGAGAAAAAAAAGGAAUGCUUCACAUUUUGCUUCUCAUCAAGUUGCAUGUAGAACACUCAUCUUUCAGUAGGACAGCCAGUGCCGCCCACACUAGAAUACAGAAGCCAUUGCAUGCCGUAAACAGCAUGAUGUAAAUAUGCUGCCGAACGCUCACAACCGUGGUGCAACCCGAGCAUUGUCUGUCUGCCAGGCAAGUCCAGUAGCAAGAUGCGUCUGUUGGCCUGUGUCGGAACACCGGCCAAGUCUGCACGUUCCGUGUGUCUGUGCAGCUCCCCUAAGAACUGCCUGUGCUUUACAGGCCGUCGCAAUCAGAUGUUAAAAGUCAGCAGCAUUUGGCUGGAGAAAGUUCAGGGCCCAGGCAUGGAGAGGGGAUGCCGGAAUUGGUUCUUGGCAACGCUUGCUGACUGCCGAGCAGCGGCCCAUCCUGGAGGUCAGCUGCAACUCCACAGAAGGGUUCUGGUGCACUGAAGGUCCUCGGGACCUCUCGACAUCACCCCUGCCUGGAUGCUGCUUGAAGUCCACUGGAUUAGGAAAAAAACACUAUGAAAUUCUUUUCCUGUGUUGUUCAAACCACUUGUUUUGGGUUCUUUAACCACAUUAUUUCGUAGCCUAGGAUUGGCGGAGGCUGGGCUUUCUUCAGCCCUUCCUUCCCUCUCUGUACAUAUCCAAAUGCAGGCCGGAAGGGGCUGCUGCGUGCUCUGGGCAUGGGGUCUCCCUCCCCUGCCUAUGGGGAGCUCCCUCCACCUUCAGCUGGCUUCUUGUUUCAGGAGCUGAGCUGCAAAGACAAAGAGGCAGCCUCUUUCUGGCACGGAGCGGUCCAAGGCUGUUUUCAUUUUUGUCCUAAACCUCUCAUCAGCAGCUCCCCUGAGAUGGUCACGCCUUCUCUGAUCACCUUGGGUUCAACUCCUGACAACUUUCCAGAACUUUGCAGUGCAGCCUUGCUGGCUGUGCGGCCUCCCCUGCCAGAGCACGAUGUCCGCUUCCAGACCUGCUGCCUCCCCGUCUAGGAAACCAGGACUGGUUUUGCAGGAAGGAACUUUUGUCUCAGCGUCUGAUUUUUGUACCAAUCCCAGUCACCCUCCCCUGUGUUUGGUGACUGCACUAGAAACAGUUUACAUAGUUAGUGAUAAAGAGCACGAUCCAGUACCUUCUCCUGCACCAGCCCCACUGAUUGGAACAGGAGCAGUGCUCUUGCACAGUGCCCGUUCCUUUCUGUGGGGCUUGCACCGGAGAGCGGCUUGCUAGAUCCUGCCCAAGGCUUGUUAUCAGCUGAAGUAGCUAUUACGUGACCCUUUUCAAAGUACGGUAGAGGAACCUUAGUUGCCCUUUCUUUUCCUUUAGUCAGCAAGCUGAAUCUAGUGUAGUACUGCUGCAAACUUAGUGAUGUGUAAGGUUUCUGUUUUUUUUAAUCUUAGUAGUAGGUGACUUGUGGACAUCAGUAUUUUCUGAUUCCUUUGUAUCUUCUUUACGUGUGCUCUUUGUGCUCUUCAGUGUAUGUGGAUUGAAACACACUUGUCCUUUCAAUGUGUCUAAUAUUGAACUAUACUUAUAUAUUAUAUAUAUGCUUAUAUCCUUCUUAUAUCCAUAUAGACAGACGUUGAUGUGUACACGCAAGUUUUAUACUCUAAUAUUUAUAUUGCUUUUUUUUUUCUUUGGGAAAAAAAUAAUAAAAUCUUUUCUUCUGAUGA